CAGCGGCGGCGGCGGCGGCGGCGGCAGCGGCCGCGGCGUCUUUAGCGGCUCCCAGUGCAGGAUGGUGUUGGAGGCGGCGGCGGCGGCCGUGGUGGCGGCGGUGUCAUUGACGGCAGCGGGAGGGGGUGCUGUGGCGGCAGCGGCGGCGGCGCCCGCGGGUGGUAUAAAAUGGCGGAUUUCGAGGAGUUGAGGGAUCUCCAGUACAAUGUUGAAUAGAAGCGGUGAUGGGGGCAUCCUGAUCUUGUUCCUGAUUUUAAAGGGAAUGCUAUCAGAGUUUCACAAAUAUGGUUUCUAGUUUUAGGGUUUCUGAACUACAAGUGUUACUAGGCUUUGCCGGAAGGAAUAAAAGUGGACGCAAGCAUGACCUCCUGAUGAGGGCGUUGCAUUUAUUGAAGAGUGGCUGCAGCCCUGCGGUUCAGAUUAAAAUCCGAGAAUUGUAUAGACGCCGAUACCCACGGACUCUUGAAGGCCUUUCUGAUUUAUCCACAAUCAAAUCAUCGGUUUUCAGUUUGGAUGGUAGCUCCUCACCUGUAGAACCUGACCUGUCUGUGGCUGGAAUCCACUCGUUGCCUUCCACUUCAGUUACACCUCACUCGCCGUCCUCUCCUGUUGGUUCUGUGCUGCUUCAAGAUACUAAACCCACGUUUGAGAUGCAGCAGCCAUCUCCCCCAAUCCCUCCUGUUCAUCCUGAUGUGCAGUUAAAAAACUUACCCUUUUAUGAUGUCCUUGAUGUUCUCAUCAAGCCCACGAGUUUAGUUCAAAGCAGUAUUCAGCGGUUUCAAGAGAAGUUUUUUAUUUUUGCUCUGACACCUCAACAAGUUAGAGAGAUAUGCAUAUCCAGGGAUUUUUUGCCAGGUGGUAGGAGAGAUUAUACAGUCCAAGUUCAGUUGAGACUUUGCCUGGCAGAGACGAGUUGCCCUCAAGAAGAUAACUAUCCCAAUAGUCUCUGUAUAAAAGUAAAUGGGAAGCUGUUUCCUUUGCCUGGCUAUGCACCACCACCUAAAAAUGGGAUUGAGCAGAAGCGCCCUGGACGCCCUUUGAAUAUUACAUCUUUAGUUAGAUUAUCCUCAGCCGUGCCAAACCAGAUUUCCAUUUCUUGGGCAUCAGAAAUUGGAAAGAAUUACUCCAUGUCUGUAUAUCUUGUACGACAGCUCACAUCAGCCAUGUUAUUACAGAGAUUAAAAAUGAAAGGUAUUAGAAACCCUGAUCAUUCCAGAGCACUAAUUAAAGAAAAACUUACUGCGGAUCCUGAUAGUGAAAUUGCUACCACUAGCCUUCGGGUGUCCUUGAUGUGCCCUUUAGGAAAAAUGAGGCUGACAAUCCCAUGCCGUGCAGUGACUUGUACACAUCUACAGUGCUUUGAUGCUGCCCUUUAUCUGCAAAUGAAUGAGAAGAAGCCCACCUGGAUUUGUCCUGUGUGUGACAAAAAAGCUGCCUAUGAAAGUCUAAUCUUAGACGGGCUUUUUAUGGAAAUUCUCAAUGACUGUUCUGAUGUGGAUGAGAUCAAAUUCCAAGAAGAUGGUUCUUGGUGCCCAAUGAGACCGAAGAAAGAAGCUAUGAAAGUAUCCAGCCAACCAUGUACAAAAAUAGAAACUGCAGGUGUCCUCAGUAAGCCUUGUUCAGUGACUGUAGCCAAUGAGACAAGCAAGAAGAAAGUGGAUGUCAUUGACCUAACAAUAGAAAGCUCUUCUGAUGAAGAGGAAGACCCUCCUGCCAAAAGGAAAUGCAUCUUUAUGUCAGAAACACAAAGCAGCCCAACCAAAGGGGUUCUCAUGUAUCAGCCAUCUUCUGUAAGGGUGCCCAGUGUGACUUCGGUUGACCCUGCUGCUAUUCCGCCUUCAUUAACAGACUACUCAGUACCAUUCCACCACACGCCAAUAUCAAGCAUGUCAUCAGAUUUGCCAGGUUUGGAUUUUCUUUCCCUUAUUCCAGUUGAUCCCCAGCAGUACUGUCCUCCUAUGUUUUUGGAUAGUCUCACCUCACCCUUAACAGCAAGCAGUACGUCUGUCACCACCACCAGCCCCCAUGAAAGCAGUACUCAUGUUAGUUCAUCCAGCAGCAGGAGUGAGACAGGGGUCAUAACCAGCAGUGGAAGUAACAUUCCUGACAUCAUCUCAUUGGACUAAAGGAGGACUCACUCGAUUCUAGGAAUCAUUCAUUAAAACUGCUGUUUCUUGGAUCUCUGGUCCGUGGAAGCUAUUUUUUUGGUAACGAUUACUUUGAUAUUUAUUGAAGUGUCAAAUGGAUUCUUUUGCCUUCUGAGGGAUGAACACAGAUGACUGCAGCAAGAACCACAUGACAUGCAAGGAUUUUUCUUACUCAUGCUGUACUCUGAGCAUCAGAUACAUUCAGCUGUAACUGCAUCUUCUUGAGAGAUGGAUUUCAAUUUCAUAUGUUACUGGUUGGAUUCUACAAAUAAGUUAAAGGUUUUUUUGUUGUAAUAAACAGCAAUAAAGUUAUGUAUAUACUCAAGUAAACUUUUUUCUAAUUAAAAAAAGAUGUAAUCAAUGAUUCUGAAAUGACAAGUUUUGUUUAAUCUGAUGUGAAGGAAAAAUAUAUGGAAAGAAGUUACGUUUGCCGAAUGAGUCCUUUCCAUGGAGAGUUGUUCUAUUUCGUUGAAGUAAUGAAGUCUUGAUAAGUGGCCAAAGCUUGGGUUCCACUUUUCUUCCUGCAGUUCCACUUUUCUCCCUGAUUCCAUCAAAGAAAAAUGGCCUUUGUGUUAAGCAUUUUACCCUGGUUGUUGUUUACACUUUGGUAUUGUGUGCUGAUGAAUGCAGAGUGAAGUUCUGGGAUUUGGCUGUUCUUUAUUAGUGAUUAUGUUGAAGAAACCCUAUGCAGUGUCUGCCCUGACGGAAUGUGUGUUAUUUUGGUAAUCGUACAUUCUUAUUCUAGAGGUUUCUAUAAAUUGG